AUGAGAAGCUUCAUUUGGGCCUCAUACACAGGAUCCUGCUCGAUCAGCCUCCCUCAGAAAUAUAGUGUGCGCGUACCCCUUUGUCGACAGAUAAAACUUUCCCAGAAACAAAUCCCUCACGUUCAAGUCCAUCCCAAACCACUUCCUAAAAUGACUGAUCUUCUCCACCUCAACCAGGCUCAGGAACUGGUGCACGAUCCCCACUGCCCUUUUUUCCGUCCUCCUCAUCCUCGUCUCUGCCACUCUUUGACUUUGGCCUUGAAAUCCUUACUUCAGCCGCAUCCCAGGCGGGUAUCCUUGCUUGAAACCAUACAUUUUAAUUUGGGCUACAAUGCUACAAUCCUCUUUGCAAUAUUCUAUGGCCUGCCACCUGUCGACAGCAGGAACCAAACAAUCUUUAAAUUCAUCACUAUCUUUGAGCACCAGAAUGUCGGUAUUGGGCUCGUUUUCAUCUUCAAGAGAGAGAACGUCUGA